UUAACUUCAAUCCUGUCACGGUAAAAUGUUGUCUUCUUCUUAGUUUGUUGUCUGAUUCAGACAGGAGAUCCGACAUGUGCUUACCGACAUUUCUUGUAGUGUGGAUUUGAGAUCAGGUUCAUUUACUUUGUAAGGAGGUGUUUUUGAGUUUUGGUUGUGGACAUCAUGGGAAAGCCUGCAAGGUGGUUAAAAAGUGUAUUACUUGGAAAGAAAUCAUCUAAGUCUAGUGGUUCUAAAGACAAGGAGAGAGUUGUGAAUGGAAAAGAGAUAGUGGUUGUUUCAAAGAUUGAAGAAUCCGAUGUGGUUUCGGAUCUUCCAUCCUUUGGAAAUGCAACAGUUUCCACCAGUGCUGUGGUAGAGACGCAUAAUACAGAACAUGAAGUGGUUUCAGACGACGAGAUACAACUUCCUGAGGUCCAAGUCCAACCAACAGACUCUCCAAAUGCUGCCUCUGUUGUUGUACCUGAUGAGUCUCUAUCAGAUUCAGACAAAAUUCAGCAAGAGAUUGCAGCAACUACUCUGCAGGCUGCCUUUAGAGGCUACUUGGCUCGACGUGCUUUCUGGGCAUUAAAAGGUAUAAUAAGGCUACAAGCACUUAUCCGUGGCCACAUGGUUAGGAGGCAAGCUGUUGCGACUCUAUGCUGUGUUAUGGGAAUUGUCAGAUUGCAAGCACUUGCUCGAGGAAAAGAGAUCAGACGUUCUGACAUUGGUGUUGAAGUUCAUAGGAGAUGCUUGGAGAAUAAACUCCCUGAAGACUCUGUUGUUGAAACACAUACUUACCUGGGAAUCAAGAAGCUAACUGCAAAUGCUUUUGCUCAGAAGCUUCUAGCUUCAUCUCCAAACGUGAUGCCUGUGCACUUAGACAAUGGUUCUUCCAAUUUAAUCUGGUUAGAGAACUGGUCAGCUUCUUGCUUCUGGAAACCAAUUCCUCAACCGAAGAAAACAUCAGUCAGGAAAAUUCAGAAGAAGUUUGCCAGUAAUACUCAGAUAGUGGAAGGAGACUUUGCUAAACCGAAGAAGAGUGUUCGCAAAGUCCCUGCUCCCAAUCUCGACAAUCCCUCUGCUGCACAGACACCAUUUGAGUUUGAAAAGCCAAAACGCAGCAGCUUCCGCAAAUAUUCAACAAGCCAAUCUAUAGAACUACCACCAGCAGCAGAGCCUCCUCAAGUUGAUCUAGAGAAAGUGAAACGUGGCUUGAGGAAAGUACAUAAUCCUGUAGUUGAGAACUCUAUCCAACCUCAACCAUCUCCAGAGAAGGAGAUUGAGAAGCCAACUCUGGCUUUAAAAGAACCUGUAAAUGCUGCCUGUGAUGAAGAGGAAAAGGAUGAAAUGGCUGAGACUGUGGUGGACAUAGUACACAGUCAUGGACCAUUGGAAAACAAUGAAGCACCUGAUUCUCCAUUAGUCAACCAAAUUGAAGAGAGCCAAGAAAAUGUAAUAGUUGAGGAAAAGGAGGAUGUGAAAGAAGAGAGAACUCCCAAACAAAAGAACUCAGCUGGAAAGGAGAAUAAAAAAUCAGGGAAGAAGGAUUCUCCGGUUACUACUACUCAAACUGUUGAGUGUCAAGAGAGUAGUAACGGGAACCAGAACAGUACAAUACCAAGCUAUAUGCAAGCGACUAAAUCCGCAAAAGCAAAGCUGAGGCUACAAGGGUCUUCUUCACCUAAGCAACAAGGUGCUGAGAAAGCCACUAGACGUUACUCACUACCAUCUUCAGGUAAUAAUGCAAGAGUCACUUCUGAUUCUCCUAAAACAACUAGAGUCUCAAACUCUGGUGGCAAAACCGGGAAGAAGACUGAGAAACAUUCGUCCCGAGAAGGCAAUGGGAAGACAGCUCCUGUAGAGUGGAAGAGAUGA